AUGCCUUCUCUCCGGUCUGUGACCGCCCUGGCGGCGCUCUGCAGCUCUACCCUGGCCAGCCCAGUCGCCCUCGAGUCUCUCCAGAAGCGUGACUUCUUCUCCUUCACCCAGGUCCUGAGGGGCACCUACAGGAAGAAUGGCCCCAUCCAGAUGGCCAAGGUCUACAACAAGUACAAGGGCACUGCUCCGUCCGACGUCCAGUCUGCCGCGGCUGCUGCCGUCACUGGCACUGUUGUUGCCACGCCCGAGGACGAUUACGACUCGCUCUACCUCUGCCCCGUCACCGUCGGCGGCACCGAGCUCCAGCUCGACUUCGACACUGGUUCUGCUGAUCUUUGGGUCUUCUCCACCCUGAUGGCCUCCAACGAGCAGACCGGCCACGCCGUCUACAACCCCUCCAAGUCGGGUACCGAGAUGCAAGGCUCCACGUGGGACAUCUCUUACGGCGAUGGCUCUGGUGCUUCGGGUAAAGUCUACGCCGACAAGGUGGUUGUGGGUGGUGUGACUGCCACCUCCCAGGCCGUCGAGGCCGCCACCUCCGUCUCCACCUCCUUCACCCAGGACGUCGACAGCGAUGGCCUGCUCGGCCUUGCUUUCUCUAGCAUCAACACUGUUGAGCCGCAGUCGCAGAAGACGUUCUUCGACACUGUUGGCUCGUCUCUUGCCAAGAAGUUGUUCGCCGUCACCCUGAAGAAGGGUGAAGAAGGCAAUGAGAACAAAUACACGGGUGAUAUCGUGUAUGUUGACGUUGAUACGUCCAACGGCUUCUGGCAGUUCAAGCCCGAUGGCUUUGCAGUUGGUUCUGGCGAGACCCAGACCGCCGAAAUCGACGCCAUCGCCGACACUGGCACUACUCUUCUCUACCUGCCCACCGACGUCGUCAGUGCCUACUACGAGAAGGUCGAGAAUGCGCAGUACAGCUCCAGCUACGGCGGCUACAUCUUCCCCUGCUCCGCCACCCUGCCUGACUUCUCCCUCAUCAUUGGCGGCGCCAAGCGCACCGUUCCUGGCGACUACGUCAACUACACGCCCGCUGGCAGCGGCACCUGCUUCGGUGGUAUCCAGCGUGACACGGGCAUCGGCUUCUCCAUCAUCGGCGACAUUUUCCUCAAGAGCCAGUACGUCAUCCACGACGCCACCACCACGACUCCUCGCCUCGGCUGGGCUCAGCAGCCCUCGUCGAACUCGUCGUCGUCGAACACCUCCUCGGGCAUCUUCUAA